GGUUGCAUCCCUACGAGUUGGAGGCCUCGUUUUCUGUGUAUUUUUGCUUCGCAUUUUAUAUUUUGAGUAUUGUGCUGCUUAAGGAUUUUCACAAUUUGCUUAACCGAUUGAGAUCCAAGUAAAGAAACAAGGACCUACUAUGCACAAUUUCUUGAGAGAAUAAAUAGAGCUAUUUUAAAUGAAAAAAUACACAUUUACACUCUCGAGUCUGCUAUUCACCCUUUUCAUAAUUUUACAGACACGAACUGAAGCCGAGAGCCCGUAGGAAAGUAACGCUGGCGCCUGCCGCGUUCUCAGCUGAGGCAAUCCGACGGAUCAGAUACAUUUGUGUGGAAGGUUCUGUGAACGUGGCGAGCGGCUAUGUCCAUAAAGACGGGCGACAGCGGUUCCGGCAAUGGGAACGGAUAUUUAGACAGCACGCGUUCGCUUAUAAACGGAUCUGAAUCGUCGGGCGACCAGACGCACUGUUUGAUGCACAUGCAGAACGACCGCGACAUCAACGCCUCCAACACCAGCAGUAACAAUGCACUGGCCAUAUCGCAAACCAAAAUGCACCGAAAUUUCAAGCUACUGGCUGAUCCGCAGCUAGUGAAAUGUGGCGCCAAACUAUAUCGCUACGAUGGCGUCGUACCGGGCGAUCCUAUAUAUCCAACAAUAACGCCCAGGGAUCCACGCAACCCUCUUAUUCGAAUUCGAACCAGACCUGUAGAGCCCCUGCUGUUGCUUAUACCUAGAUUUGUAAUCGAUGCGGACUACGUGGGAACGCCACCUGCGAUUGAAGUUACUGUUGUGAACCUUAACGACAACAUCGAUAAGCAGUUCCUCUCCAGCCUGUUGGACAAGUGUGGGACAUCAGACGAAAUCAACAUAUACCAUCAUCCCACAACAAACAAGCAUUUGGGCAUUGCUCGCAUUGUGUUUGAGAGCACGAAGGGUGCACGGCAGUUCGUUGAGAAGUACAAUCAAAAGUCGGUGAUGGGAAAGAUCUUAAAUGUUUUCUGCGAUCCCUUUGGUGCGAUUUUAAGGAAACAUAUUGAGACUUUAACGAAUCCAGUUGUGCCGAAGCCAGUGUUGGGUGGCACCGCCACAAAAGCGCCACCACAUCCUGCCGUUGCACUGGGCUCACAGCCCGACUUGGCCGACUAUAGCCACGAUUACAGUGAGAAGAGCGCUGUGGAUCACUUAAAUAGUGGAUACAGUUCUUUUCCAAAGACUUCUGACAUUGGGGAACGAAGCAGGGAUCGCAACUGGGAGCGGGAUCGGGAGCGAGAACGUGAUCGUGAUCGAGACCGAGAUCGUGAUCGUGAUCGGGAUCGAUAUUACAAGGAUAGCAGUCAACAUUCCGCAGAAAGAUGUUAUGAUCGUGAUCGGGCGAUGCGUGAGAAGUACGGAUCGUCAGUACGCCAUGAUCGGCAUUUUUAUCGCCGGCGGUCUAGAGAUAAAAGUCCAGACCCCGCACGGGAUAGUCGAGAUAGUCGGGACAGACUGUUCACUGGACGAGAACGUGAUAGGGUUAGAGACCCUGACACCAGAUCGCGGGACUAUCACCGUUCAAAGGAACGCGAUCAUUUUCGAGAGCGGAAUAGAUCUCGCGACCAAUCCCGUGACCGUUCGAGGGAAAAGAGAGAUCUUCGUUUUAGUGUAUCAAAGGAGCGGGACUACCGAGAGCGCGAUCGUGAUCGGGAUCGAUCGCCUGACAGAGAUCGAAGAGAUCGUGUGAGUAUAAAGUAUAAAAAGCGUUUCACAAGUCACGAAUACACUGAAACGGAUAUAAACAGCUCUUCGUCCUCAAAAAACCAUCAAUAUUAUACUGCCACCUCAGCAUCUGUCUUGCCUGCUGGGAGCUAUGUCUACAGCAGCCACUACUCCAUGACAGACAGUACUCAGUCCUGGUCAGAGCAUAAGAGUUGGAAUGCUCCGCAGCCUGAUUUCCAACCAAAGCCAAAGCCACCCCCACCUCCGCCUCCAGAAGAAGAGGAGAACUGGGACGACCCCCCAGUUCCCCCACAAAAGUUUGAAAAACAAACUGUUUCACUCUUGGAAUCAGCGAGCACAAAACCCCAAUCACCGAAUACGGGGAAGACUGUUGCAGAGCCAAACGUAGAAACAGAAAAUGUUGACUUGGACACUCGAAUAGCCCUUAUAUUCAAGGGAAAGACAUUCGGAAAUGCACCCCCAUUUCUUCAGAUGGACAGUAGCGACUCUGAAACGGAUAAGUCAAAGCCUGAGGGAGCGGUUGAGGCUAAUGAAACGCGCUCGCUUUCCGAUUCAAAUAAUUCGGAUAACAAGAAAAAGAACGACAAGAAGAUAUCUGACUUGCAACAAUCGCAUGGUGCAAGCGAUAUAUCAAGUGAUGAUGAUAUAAUGGUGAAGAAUAAGCGAUGCAAACGCGGAUUUACACAGUGUGAAAAGGAUGAUGACAACAUGUCUCUGUCGAGUUUGUCUUCUCACGAGGAAUCCCAACAUGCGUUACCCAAUGCAGUUGAUCGAGCAAAUAAGAAACCUCUAUCACCAUAUAUGCAUCCCAAUACCUCCAACCAGCAUCCCUAUUAUUAUCAUCCUUCGGACUAUGGGCAUUAUCCCUCUGGCAUCCCGGCCAACCCCGUGCUGACAAGUCGCUAUUUUUCCAACCCCGCAUAUAUGCAGCCAGCAUACUUGUCUGGUGUUGGCUCAUUCAACUUGGAUCCCUAUGCCCAGACAUAUGGCUACCAGUACCCCCCAUCGGACCAAAACGACGAGAUAAAGGAUAAUGUGAAAAAGGUUAUUAACUACAUUGUGGAGGAGCUAAAGCAGAUCCUAAAGCGCGAUGUGAACAAGCGAAUGAUUGAGAUAACCGCCUUUAAAAACUUUGAAUCUUGGUGGGAUGAACACACAUUGAAGGCACGCUCCAAACCACUGCCCGACUCAAUGGAGGCCACCACCACCUUGAGGCAGAAUAGCGCGAACGUGAAUUUGAUAAGGGAAAAUCCUGAUAGUGAGAAGCCUCCCAGCAUUAAUCAACUUGCCAAUACUCAAGUGGAAAUGUCCGAUUUUAAAAGCUUCUCUAGCAUAGGUAUAAGGGCAGCAAUGCCCAAAUUGCCAUCGUUUCGACGCAUUUGCAAGCAUCCGAGUCCUAUACCCCAUCAAAGGAUAUCCCUCGAAAGAGAUCUGAGCGACCAAGAAGAAAUGGUACAACGUUCCGACUCCGAGAAAGAGGACUCGAACAUGGGCGCUUUUGAGGCACCAGGAUCAAAUGCGAAGGAACGGGUUUUGGAUAGAGAAAUUGUGACUAUUCGACUGCCGUCACCUGAAAUGCAUUCAAAACGAAAGGGGAGCGCGUCGAGCUUUUUUUCAUCGUCCUCAUCCUCUUCUAGCGAAGCAGAAAAUGAAGGCAACGACGCUGCUGAUGGUACAGAAAAAAGCAGCGAGGAGGAUAGCUUUGACGACGAUCAUCCGCCUAGAAAUCUUAAUCGAAAGAGCAGACUGAUUAAGAAGAACAGGCGUGUGGCAUUCAAAGAACCUAGUGAUGAUAAUAUUGAGAACAUAUAUUCAGAUUCUGAGGACGAGAAAAGAGACAUAGAUCGAAUGCAUGUUCAAAAACGGGGUCGAACGAAAAAGAAAAAUAUCUACUCGGACUCGGAUGCAGAAAUGGAAAGUACUGCCGGAAGAGAUUUUUUGCCUGCGUUGCGAACAAAGAUCAUAUCCACUAUACCGUCUGACCUUGAGGACAUAAGCAAAGACAGCAGUUUUGGACUGGAGGAAGAGGACGAAAAAGUUGAAGAAGAACUAAAGAAUAUCCGAAAAAUGGUUGAUGAAUCUCGUCGUUCUCUGACCCCUGUUCCGCCGCCAGACUACAAUGAAGAGCCCCUUGAAAAGUUCGAUGAUACUGAUCCCCGAAAGCCAGUUUUUGAAUACGAUCGCAUUUACAGCGACUCGGAUGAAGAGCGCGAAUAUCAGGAAAAGAGACGUAGAAAUACCGAGUACAUGGCUCAAAUAGAGCGUGAGUUUUUGGAAGAGCAGCAGAAGAACAACCAAAACUCUUUCUCAGAAAGUCGUUCAAUGUCGGAGCGUAAAUUAGAAACUAUAAAUAAACCUAGUGGGGAUAUGGCAGAAACUGUGGAUGUGGCAGAGGUCCCACUGACCCCAGGCAUUAAUAUUUUAGCUGAACUUGUCGAUGAGAUAAGUAAACCGAUUCCCGAGACGUAUAUCGAAAAUAUUGCAUGCAAAAACGCUGAACUCGAUGGAAAAUUAAAGAGUAAUCUCAACACCACAGAUGUGGUUGAGGCACAAACGAUUUUAAACGGAGAAAAGCAAUCGUGCUCCAGCAUAAACGACAGUAAAAAGGGAACGCAAUCACCGCAUUCUUCAGAUGGAGGCUCCAGCCAAGCAUCGCAAGCAAGCCAAGUAGCUCUUGAGCACUGCUACUCCUUGCCGCCACAUGCGCAGUCUGCAUCCUUCACAGAAUCCACCUUGGGUCGGAUUGGGUCUGAUGCGCGGAAUAAGAAUAGAUUUGAAGGACAAGAAAAUGUGGCUGGUGGUAGCCAAAUAUCGAGGCCUGGCCCAGGCAGACCACGCAAGGAUUCAACACGACUGCAAAAGAAAAAGAAGGACUCAGUCCCUCGGCAGUCAAAUGCAAAGAAUAAAGUCGCUCCCAUCACUGACGCGUUGGCCGAACUUGUCCGUCAAACUGCCAACUUUGUUCCCUACGAGAUGUACAAAGCUCGCGAUCAAAACGAGGAAAUGGUUAUUUUGUACACUUUUCUAACGAAAGGCAUCGACGCGGAAGACAUCAAGUUUAUUAAGAUGAGCUAUAUUGAGCAUUUGCAGAAGGAGCCAUAUGCCAUGUUCUUGAACAACACUCAUUGGGUAGAUCACUGCACAACGGACCGUGCAUUUUGGCCACCGCCGCCAAAGAAGCGCAGAAAAGAUGACGAAUUGAUGCGCCAUAAGACGGGAUGUGCUCGCACCGAAGGCUACUACAAGUUGGAUGUACGGGAAAAGGCAAAGCACAAGUAUCACCAUGCUAAGGCCAACAUUGAUGAUGCCGAAAACGAAGAUCGUUGUGAUGAACCCACAGCACUCACGAAUCACCACCAUAACAAAUUAAUAUCUAAAAUGCAAGGUAUUUCGCGAGAGGCGCGCUCCAACCAGCGACGACUUUUGACAGCCUUUGGAUCUAUGGGCGAGUCAGAGCUUUUGAAAUUUAACCAGCUCAAGUUCCGAAAGAAACAACUCAAAUUUGCUAAAUCUGCCAUACACGAUUGGGGACUAUUUGCAAUGGAGCCCAUAGCAGCUGACGAAAUGGUAAUUGAAUAUGUCGGACAAAUGAUUCGACCUGUCGUGGCCGAUUUAAGAGAGACAAAAUAUGAGGCAAUUGGAAUUGGGAGCUCUUAUCUGUUUCGAAUCGACAUGGAAACCAUUAUCGAUGCCACCAAAUGUGGAAAUUUGGCCCGAUUUAUAAACCAUAGCUGCAAUCCGAACUGCUAUGCAAAAGUCAUUACAAUAGAGUCUGAGAAAAAGAUAGUCAUAUAUUCAAAGCAACCUAUUGGGGUCAAUGAGGAAAUAACCUACGAUUAUAAGUUUCCUUUGGAGGAUGAAAAAAUUCCAUGUCUGUGUGGCGCUCAAGGCUGCCGGGGAACGCUCAACUAAAAGAUACUUAUGUACAUCAUUUUAGACUUCAAAGGAGGGUUCUAUUCACACAUGUAAAUUAAGUUGAUAUUCAAUAUCCGAAAUAGAUGUAUAUGUAUGUAUAUAUAAACAUAACUUAUUUGUUUAAUCUACCUAUACAGUAGAAAUUUAGAUACAGAUUUGAAAGCACUAUAACAAAUUAAUUCUAGCUUGACUUUUAGAUGUCGGCUUCGUUUUUAUUUAUAUUUUCAUUUUCCUGUGGUGAGUUUUAUUUUGCUAAAAUGUUACAACAUUAAAUCAAUCUAUAUUUUAUUAAGUCAUAGACUAAGAAAUAUGUACGUUAAGUCCUGCAAUGUAAAUACAUGGCCGAAAUGAGCUCGUCAUCAUUAGUAUUCUUACAUACUAUGUAUAUGUGACUAUGUAUACAUUUUACAAGCGAAAUGCAUUCAAGGUGUUAUGCUAUUAUGUGAAUUAAUUAAACGCAUAUGCUAAAAAAAGAUGAUUUUCAAA